GAGGGCGCGAGGCCGAAGAGUUGGCGCGUCAUCGUCCGAAACGUCUCCUUCAAAGCCGCGGAGGCGGAGAUACGCGCCGCGAUGAGCGCCGCCGGGUUCGUGUGGGAGCUGACGAUCCCGAAGGACUUCCACGGUAAGCCGAAAGGGUUCGCGUUCGCGGCGUACACGCGAAAGGCGGACGCGGAGAGAGCGGUGAAGGAGGUGAACGCGACGGCGAUCGCGGGGCGGCAGAUCGCGGUCGACUGGGCGAUGAGCAAGCACGAGUACAACGAGGCGCAGCUGAAGCAGAAAGAGGAGGAGGGGGCGGAGGAGGAGAGCGAGGAGGGGAGCGACGGCGAGGACGACGACGGGUCCGGGUCGGAGUCGGAGUCGGAGUCGGGCGACGAUUCGGGAUCCGAGUAUGAGUCUGAGUCUGAGUCGUCGUCGGAGUCGGAGUCGGACGACAGCGACAGUCAGCCGCCGCCGCUCCCCGGGAAGGGCGCGAAGACGCCGCCGCCCGCGGGCGCGAGCGUGUUCGUGCGCGACCUCCCGACGGAUGCCUCGAAGCAGUCGCUCUUCGAGCGGAUGCAAAAGUUUGGGAAAGUCCGGUCGUGCCGCGUCGUCCUGGAUAAGACCACCGGACGCUCGAAGGGCACCGCGUUCGUGGACUUCGUCGACGCCGCGUCCGCGUCGCGGGCGAUAGAGGCGGCGGGGAAGGUCGAAGGCGGCGGCGUCAAGGUGGCGGGAAGACGGUUGAACAUCGCGCUCGCCGUGAGCGCGACGGACGCCGCCGAUUUGGCGACGGCGAAAUCGAAAGCGUUCGCGACGGACGCGAAGAAACGCCGCGACGGCCCGCGCGAUAACCGCAAUCUGUACCUCGCGACGGAGGGACAAAUACACGAGGAAGGGCCCGCCGCGCAGGGGGUCUCGCGGGAAGACAUCAUGAAGCGCCGCCGCGCGAAAGAGGAGCAGAAGAUGAAGCUGAAAAAUCCAAACUUUUUCAUAUCGAAAAAUCGGUUGCAGGUGCGAAACGUGCCCCCGGAGGUGGACCAGAAGCAACUGAAGAAGAUCUUCCACGACGCGGUGCUGCAGCGAGCGACGAAGGCGAACCCGAAGGUUCUGCACGCGAGGCUUCUGAUCGACAACACGCGGCCGGACGCGAACGGGAAACCGCGAAGCCGCGGCAUCGGAUUCGUCGAGUUUGACGCGCACGACCACGCGCUCGCGGCGCUUCGGACGUUGAACAACAACCCGACGAUCUUCACGGCGGCGAAGCGGCCGAUCGUCGAGUUCGCGGUCGAGGACGCGCGAGCGGUGAAGAAGCUCGAGAGGCGG